UAGAAAGCCUUCAAAGCUUAGCACCAGCAAAAUUGAGUGCCCCCAAGAUCCCAAGUACUAACCAAAGACUCUCUCCACCACACCUCACAAGCUCAUAACGAAUGGCCAAAAUUCAUCCUCUCCCUCUUCCACCUACUGAACUUGAUCAAUCUUCUUCUUGCUCUUCCUCUUCAAAGCCCUCUACCUUUACUGUGUGGAUGAAAUCUCUUGUGAUGCAGGCUAAUGGAUGCACUGUUUACAAUGAAAAUGGAGAGAUUGUUUACAGAGUUGAUAACUAUGACAAAAAGGGAAGCAGUGAGGUCUAUCUCAUGGAUCUCAAAGGCAGAGUCCUCUUUACCAUAAGGAAACUAUGGCUUUUCAGACAGUGGAAGGGUUACAAAAGUGAUGGAUUGAAAAUAAAAGCUCAAAAGCCUUUCUUCCAAGUGAAAAAACGCUCAGGAAUUUUCACAAGUGAUUUAUCUUGUGAAAUUGCUGUUAGAUCUGGCAGUGCUCAACAUGGCUGCUACAAGUUAAAAGCUUCAGCUGGGAAAUCAGCUUUCAAGCUUACAGACAGCAAUGGAAGAAUAGUUGCAAAGGCCACAAGAAAGCAAACAUCCUCAGGAGUGGUACUAGGAGAUGAUGUGCUGACAUUAAUGGUGGAGCCUCAGGUUGAUCACUCCUUUAUCAUGGCUGUGGUGACUGUGUUUGGACUGAUUCAUCACAGACUGUGAGCAAAGUCUUCCAUUAAUUGUUGGCCUCAUGUUGGAACUGAGAAAGAAAAAUUUUUUCCCCCUCAUUUACUAACUCUUGAAUUUUGCUGAUGUAAAGGAUUUUUCUUCCUUCCUUUUGCCCAAGGAAUUGGUUUUUUCCUCCCAGUUUUUACUGUAUACACGGCUCUGCUGAAUCUGUAAUUAUCAAGAGAAAAAAAAGAAAUUCAAUAUCAGAAAAAUUCCCUCAAGUUUCAGUUAA